AUGCAAUCGAUCUUAGUUAUCUUUACUGCUCUGUCUUUCUUCUUCGAGUAUUCAUCAUCACAACAAUUGGAUUGUCAUGAUCUUUGUGAUUAUCUAGUCACCUACAAUAUUACACAGGCCCUAUCCAAGUCUGCCGCUGUAAGUGCCUCUCGCUUCUGCGAUCCUAACCUCUGGUACUACUGCCCUCAUUAUGGAUCUGUAGCCGACCAAGCAAGUAGUCUGACUGAUCCUGACAAUUCAGAUAAUGGCUGGAAUUCUAUUGGCUAUGCCCCACAAUAUGUUCAACUGGACUUGACUGAGAAAUACCGCGUUUCAUGCGUUCGUCUUAAAGUUCAUAUGAGUUCGCACGGGCCGACACAUCAUACUCUUUGGGCUGGUGAUAACCUGAAUCGCUUGCGUGUAGUGAAAGAGCUUAUAAAUGAAACAGCUCCGAAUCGCCCAUGGCUUAAUGUAACAUUUAAUCCUCCAUUGGACGAAGUCCGAUUUUUACGUCUCACGUCAACGGUCAGUCCCUCGUGGAUAGGGUGGUGGAAGUUUCUAGUCUAUGGAAAUUAA